GCCUUGUGUUGUGUUUUUCACAAUGUGUAAAAAGGUGCCAGACCUCCUGCUGCUGCUAUUUAUACACCUUCUGGCACGGGCUCACAUUCAAGGUUGAUAGAGAGUGCAUGAGUAGGGCCUCUCACAGCUCCUCUCCACCCAUGAAGGGCAGACACACAUGCACUGACACAGUUUGUGUAGCGUGGAUCCGACAGGACGGGAUCGUGGAGCCUCCUGCUGCAGAGGGAAGCCUGGAGAUCUGAGCUCUCUGAUUUCAGCAGGAUGAACAGCAGAGGAGUGAGGAGAAGAUGACACAGACUGGAUGUGUCUCCAUCUCUCUACACUGGCUGGAUUCCCACCUGAUCAGCAUCAUUCCAGAGUUCAUCUGAUGAGAUUUAGUCUCCGAGGCGUUCCAGCCUUUUCCACUGCCAUCUGCUCAGUUGUAUUGCUGUUUUGAGCACAAAGGCAUCAUGGGAAACAUAGUCCAGUGCUGUCACACACUGUCAAACUACUUUAAGUGCAAAGACGGACCGGCCCGGGGUGAGCCGGAAAGAUCCCCUCUGCUCUCCAGCGAAGAGAGUGAGUGCGAGUCUCCGAGCGUGCCCGAUGACUUGGAGGACGACCUGCUGACCGUCUCCACCGGCGUGACCAACCCCACCCUCGAACCAGAGAACUUCCUGUUUCCUGACAUCAUCCUGAGCAGCAACCUGGGAGGAGACGUCACCCUGGUGGAGCCGAUGGUGUGUCUGCUGGUGUCCGAGGAGGAGGAGGGCGUGAGGGUGGAUGAGCCUGAGGAUGAGGUGCAAGACAGGAGCAACAGGUGGAGGAGCAGAGGGUUCUCUGAGGUGGAGACACAGACGGAGGUGGAGACACAGAUCGGUAUGGGGGUGCAGACUCAGACUGAGUCACAGGCACACACAGAGAUACAUGUGUGUCGUAAUGUGACCGUGGAGAGAGACGUUAACACUGUGGUGGAUGUGCAACCAAAGCACAACGGCGAGUUAAUGAAGGAGUUACACACAGAUGAAAACGAUGUCUUUAAGUUGCAGCAGAGUACAGACUCUGCCUGGACUGAACACAGCGCUGCGUCCACACAGAAGCUUGUAGAAGACGAACAAAACAGUGAACACAACGUAAACGACAUGGAGGAGAACAUACCUGCAGAAAAGUCACUGCCAACAAAAUACAGCGACAACAACACUGAGAAGAUGCAGAACUCUGACCCUGAUGUGUGUCUGGUGGACGUGACACAGCAGAGCAAUCAGAGCGAUGAACAGACGGGACAGACGACUGUGGUGUCAGGGCAGGAUGUCAGUGACAAGGACUUUAAUGUUUUCCACAGUCUGUCUGAGGAGCACACAGAUCAGUCAGGUUCAAAUGAAAAGAGGGACGAGGAAGACAACAGGAAUGUUCUGCAGCAGCAGGCUUCAGAGUUAAAGACAGUCCUGCCACAGGCGAAGGAGGAAGAGGAGGAAAAGGAGGCUGAGAGGAAGCAGAUGACCUUGUUUUCAGUUGACAGGCUGUUUCUGGCAGCACCACAUGUCAGAGUGCCACCGAGUCAAAGUGAAGAAAGCCCUGAGGACAAACCUCCAGAGCAGUCUGAUGGAGAUAAAGGCAAAGAACUGAGCAUCAGUGACAUCGUUGAUCUCCAGGAGACCGGCUUCACUGUCAGAAUUCAGCCUCCUGGAACUGAAAGUUUUGAGCUCCAGGUGUCAGGCGAGCUGCUGGUGGCAGAGCUGCACCAGGUGCUGAUGGAGCACGAGGUCACCUGCCACCGCACCUGCUUCUCCCUCCAGCUGGGAGGCACCGCCCUCGACAGCCUCACAGAGCUGCGCUCCAUCCAGGGCAUCCAGGACGGAGCGCUGAUCAAGGUGGUGGAGGAUUCUUACUCGGUGCGUGACGCUCGUCUCCAUCUCAGACACGUACGUGAUCUUCUGAGGAGCCUCGACCCUGCAGAUGCGUUCAACGGAGUGAACUGCAGCUCACUGUCUUACCUCACCUUUUACACCAGAGGAGACAAGGAUAGUGACAGCGUUGGGAACCGGAGAGCUUCUGAAAAGGAGUCUGUCGACUUCAGGCCCCCAGAAUAUAUUCUGCCUGGGUGUAAAGACCGACUGCUGACUCCUCUGCAGCCUGUCAGAGAUGACUGGAAGCCGUUACAGUGCCUGCGGGUUCUGACCAUGAGCAGCUGGAACCCCCCUCCAGGAAACAGGAAGAUGCACGGGGACUUAAUGUACCUCAACGUCCUGACAAUGGAGGACAAAGAACUGAACAUCACAUCAUCUACACGCGGUUUCUACCUCAACCAGUCAACUGCCUUCAACUUCAACCCUAAACCUGCAGUCCCCAAAAUCCUUUGCCACUCUCUGGUUGAGCUGCUGAAUCAAGUCAGCCCAACUUUCAGGAAAACCUUCAGUGCCCUGCAGAAGAAGAGAGUCCAGCAGCACCCUUACGAGCGGAUCGCCACACCGUUCCAGGUGUUCACCUGGAUCGCCCAUCAGGGAGACCACACCCUGGACUGUGUCAGAGCAGAGGAGACACACACCAGCCGCAUGGGCCAGGACGAGCACACAGCUGGGCAGAGUCGGGACUGGAACGAGGAGCUGCAGGGAUGCAGGGAACUCCCCCGGAUCUCCCUCCAGGAGCGUUUGCACAGAGAGAGGAGCAUAUUCAAGACCAACAGUGACUUUGUUGAAGCUGCAACACGAGGCGCUGUGGCUGUCAUCGACGGUAACGUCAUGCCGUUGAACCCAGGGGAGGCGCCUCACAUGCAGAUGUUCAUCUGGAACAACCUCUUCUUCAGUUUGGGGUUCGACAUCUCCGACCACUACGGCCCAAUAGGGGGCAACAAUGCUGCUCACGCUGCUGCCACUUGUGACCUGAGGGGAGCACAGGCGUACACAUCUGUGGACACAGAGGGACUUCACACUCUUGGGACGGCUGUGGUGGAUUAUCGUGGCAUCCGCAUCAUUGCCCAGACGAUCGUUCCUGGAUUACUGGAGAAAAACCAGGAGCAAAGUGUCGUCUAUGGCUCUAAUGACUACGGAAAAACAGUUUUUACACACCCCAGGUUUCUGGAGCUUCUUGAUAAAACCAGUAAACCUCUAAGAAUCCAGCGUCACCACGUGCUCGACCACAGUGACAGCCCAGCGGAGCUUUGCUCUGGCAUCGAGACCAAAGGCAUCCUGGGUAAUGAUGGAAGACCUUACAUAUUGGACCUUCUCCGGACUUUCCCCCCCGACCUUAACUUCCAGAACCCGGCGACGGAGGAGAGGAGGGAGGUGCCGGAGGUGUGUCAGAGUUUUGGUUACCCACGGCAACAUCGGCACAGCCUGGCCAGCCUGAGACCAGAGCUGAUCGAGGCCUUCGUCCAGCACAGGUACGAACUUUAUGUGAAGAUGGUGUCCCAGGGGCUCGUCCAACUGGAAGAACAGGAUGAAUCCAUGGAGCAGAGAGAAGAGGCGGGAACUGGAGAAGCCGCUGACGUUCCUGAUAUGGAAUCUCAAAGAAGAAAAGUGAUCGUGAAGGCGUGUGAGGCUGUCGGAUCAGUGAGCGACUCCUGCUUCGACAUCCGCUUCAAUCCUGAUGUUUGCUCUCCAGGCGUCCGUUUCCCCUCUGAGUGUGUCGCCGAGGUUCAGAGACAGAGGCUGCUGUUGUGGGACGCAGCUGCUUUUCUGCUGUCCAGUCAGAUUCCAGCUGUGCUGAAGGACUGUCUCAACCACGCAGCAGUGCCGAUGGAUGGCGCAACCCUGACCUCAGCUCUGCACCAGCGGGGCGUGAACGUGCGAUACCUUGGCACCCUGCUGAGCGAGCUGGACAAGAUGGAGGAGCGAGGAAGACUCAGCCACAUGCAGAGACUUUCUGUCAGUGAAAUCAUCAUCAGAAGUGCAAAACACAUCUUCAGGACCUUCCUACAGGAUGUAGAACCUGCAGCGUUCUCCGCUGCUGUGAGUCACUUCCUGAACUGCCUCCUGAGUUCCUCCUCCUGUUUCCCCGACUCCGGCUCGGAUGAGCUGCUCUCUCGUCGCAGGAGCCGACGAAGACGGAGCCACGGGAGCCGGGUCGCUUUGUUGACGGACAGCGUGUGGGCCAGACUGACCCGCAGUGAGCUGUGGGGCAGGAUCAGAGCUGAGGCUGGAGAUUAUUAUCACUACACAGUAGACAGUGAAAGUAUAGAUGAGGUGAUAGAAAAGCACGGCCUUCAGAGGAUCUCCCUGCUGAGAGAGAUUGCCAUCAAGACGGGCAUCCAGGUGCAGAUGAGGGAGUACGUGUUUGAGUCUCGACACCGGCCGGUGUUUGGCGAGGAAGAUGUCGUCAACAUGUUCCCUGUGGUCAGACAUCUCAAACCCACGACAACCGAUGCUACACGGCUUGUGAUGCAGGCGCAGGUGGCGAUACAGCAGGGGCUUCUCAAAGACGGCUAUGAGCUGAUCAGCCAGGCCAUGACUCUGUUCAGCGGUGUGUGUGGGGUCCUGCAUGAGGACGUCUGCAUGUGCCUGCGUCUGCUGGGUCGGAUCAGCUACAUCAUGGGGGAAUACGCAGAUGCCCUCAGCCACCAGGAGAAAGCUGUUAUGAGCAGUGAGAGACUCCAAGGUAUCGACCAUCCACAGACCAUUCAAGACUAUACUCAUCUGGCCCUGUACUGCUUCGCGAGCGGCCGGCCGUCGACCUCCCUCCAGCUGCUGUAUCGCGCUCGGUACCUCACGCUGCUUGUGACUGGAGAGGACCAUCCACAAGUCGCACAGCUGGAUAGCAUGCUGGGUCUGGUGCUGCAUGGACUGAUGGAGUAUGAACUUUCCCUGAAGUUCCUUCAGAAUGCCUUAACUUUAACCUCAGAAUACCACUGUGCCACAUCUCUGAAGCACGCACACAGUCAUCACCUGCUGGCCACUGUGUACGAGAGCAAAGGAGAGUUUCGAUUGGCUCUGCAACACGAGAAGGAGGCUUAUUCAAUAUAUAAGAGCCAGGUUGGCGAGGACCACGACAGCACGAGGGAAAGCUCCGAGUACCUGAAGAGCCUCACUCAGCAGGCUGUGAUCCUGCAGAAAGCCAUCAACCACAUCUACAGCAACACACUGAGUGCCUGUAUUCCUCCUCCAAAGUUUUCUACACCGAGCCUUCCCACAAUCCUUCAGCAGCUCAACCUGACGUGUGGAAUCAUUCUCAUCCCCCUCAGUGCAAAGGAAAUCGCCGACCUGAGGAGUGAGCUGCAAGAAAAGGUUCAAAUGGAGGAGCUGGAAAAAAAGACCUGAGAUGUCCAGACAGCAAAAUCUGUGAAUAUGUUGAGCGUCUGUGUUCUGCGUCAGACCCCUGAAAAUGAUGAUGGCAAAUAAAAGCUGUGAAAAUUGCUGGUUUUAAUAAAGUAGGUCAACCUACUUUGGACAACAAGUGACAAACAGGUGCAGCCGUCUGCUUUUGGAAGAGGAUCCUGCUGCUGUGUGUGGACGACUGUGGACACUGAAGAGAGCUGCAUUUAAUGCCUACAGCUGUGAUAUAGCUGUUGUUUAAAUACAUGUGAUCCAGGCUGUAACUUUGACUACAAACAUGUAUAACUUUACUUGUUUCUGUCACAGAAGAAGAAGAAGAAGAAGAAGAAGAAGAAGGCGUUCUUUAUGAAUGCUCAAGGGGAAAUUCAGUGUUUUCACUCUGAAAAGAUAUUGAAGAUCAUGUGUGCUGAUUUUCCUGCUAGAUAAAAUGGACAAGCACAGUAUGUGUAGUUCUGCUGAGAACAAACAAUAUAGCAACAGAGUACUUAAAGUCAGAAUUUAUUAGAUUUUUAACUGACUUGUUGUUGUCUUGCAAUUCCCUGUAUGUCCACUGGGCUUCACACUUGUGCCACAAACACCUCUUAAGAGCAAGACUAUGUUUAUAUCUAUUCAGCAUAUAUAGAAAGUUUAGGCCUACAGUCUAUUCCUGAAUAUAUAAACUAUCUUUAUGGAUGUUUUGGAUGUGUACUAGCAGUCCAUUGUGAUUUGAUCCAUGUUUUUGUCAUGAAUGUGCAGGUGUCUGAGCAUCGUAUGUGUUCAUGCUACAAGAACAGGGCGACAGAUGUACACGCUGCGCGCCGCCGCUCGCCUCAACGUGCGCGCCGCCGAUAUCCAGCCGCGACCGUUAGCCGGGGCCGGGCGAAUGCGGUGGUACCAAAGAGGAGAAAAAAAUCUGACCGACCGUGCCGGGUGAUGUGAAAAGUCACAAUACCACAUCAAAACCAGGCUCUCGCAUCGCAUGCGUAGACUAGUCGAGGGGAUAUGAGAAUGGCCUUUUAUCAGCGGGUGAUGGGCACAUCGAAACAGUGAGUGAGAUUUGGGCCAGCGAACAACUUGUGGAGCCUCGUCCCGACAAGUUGAUUGACAGCAGCACCUCCAGUUCACCUCCCACUGCGUGGCCCUCUCUUCGCCACGCCC